UGUACCAGUCAGUCAAAAGCUUUGUUUGCUAUCACUCCCCAUCUCCUGGAACCAUUCACUAAUUAAUGUCCCUGCGCAAUUUGAAGGGUGCAGCGUAAAGAAUUGCAAAAGGGGGGGGGCGUCUUAUUUCUUUCCUAUCGUGUGGCGUGCCGCGGUUAUGAUCUUGACUAGAACGAGGGUGACAUUUUCAGCGGGAUGGUGUUCGAGGGGCUGACAGGAGAAGAGGGACAGGCGAGGAGGAAAAGACGAGCAGGGUUGUGACCGUGAGAGUUGUGAGCGAGGGAGGAUGGCGCGCAGCAGGAGAAAUCGAUUCUUAUUUAGAUGAAAAUGAGGCUUGAUGCUGGUGGGGUGCGAGGAGGGCACCUUAAGCAUCCAAAUGAAUAGGAACUUUCGCAGAAAUGAUCCCCACGUGAAUUGACGACAAUAAAAAAAGUGCAAGGUCCACAAAGACUCUGUCGACUCUUCGCUUCGCAAAGGAAGCUUUUCUCCCGGCAGUCAAAUGCAAUUACUUUGGCAUUAGAUGGUAAUCCUUGGAUCUUUUCACUCAAAAGUGUGAGGAACAAAACGCCCGAGACAAACCUCAAUGGCCCUUUUUGGAGUGAAGUGUUUGGUUUUUAACGUUUGGAUAAAGGGUGAGACGUGGCUCACCUUCACACUCCUUGUUUGUAGACUCACAAAAUGGAUGAAAGGAAGCUUUGUUAUGAUGAAAUGGAGAGUCUAUUAUUGCAGUAUUGUGGACGUUACAAAUAUGAAAGUAUUUUUCCCAUACGAAAAAUUUGAGUCUAAGAAAUUGCCAUUGUAAUGUAUUUUAAAAGUCUACACACCCCUGUUCAAUAACUAUUUAUUGUAAUAUAAAAUUAAGAACAAAGUUAAAGAUUUAAAACCAUUUUCCUCAAUGUUAAUGUGACCUUUGACCUGUGCAACUCAAUCGGAAGGACAAUUAAAAGCUAUCAGAUGUAAAAUAUAACAGGGUGUGUACACUUUUGCAAUCACAUCACGGUCAAUUUUUACUGCCCCACAUUUUGUUCUACAGAUUUAUAGGUCACGUUGAUUCCAAAGAUUUCGAAAUGAUUUAUAUUGGCCUCAUUGUCCCCCGCAUAUCACAAAAAGCUGUUAUUUGAACAGGAGGUGUGUAGACUUUUGUUCAUUAAACAUAACCUGAGAAUCAGGAGCUUUAACAUGAUUACUGCUGUUAGCGUUUAGCCUAUUGCUUACUCACUUGCUGUCUCCAACUUGAGAUUGAUUAGUCCCAGAUUGCCGUGGACUGAUGUGUGGAGAGUCAGCAUAAAGCGGCGCCGGUUUGGUCGCUUCUACCUUAUGCACACCCAUCAUCUCCUCAUAGUACGUCUGGGCCCGCCGCAUGGGCCUUUCCUACACACGCAUCCAAACAGCCAUUCGUCUUGGAAGGCUGUCUCUCCGAUCUGAGUGAUAAACUGCAGCAGAAUUGCCCCGUUUGCAAAAAAAAUAAAAGACACAAGGACACUAGUUUUUCAAUCUGUGCUGUCAUCGUUUUUAGACUGGAAACUGAUGCCAUGUUUCAUUGGCUUGCUUUCUUCGGUCGUGCUUCUGGGAGGUAUUGUCUUUUCGCGCGAUGUAAAUUUGACCACUUUGGCAUUAUCAGACGGGCUGUUUUGUCUCCUCGCAGCUCACUGAGCAGAAACAGAUUACAGAGGUUUUAUAUUGAUGCGCCUAAUUAGUACCCUUCUCGAUUGUCAUCAACACAUUUUUGAAAGCGUUACAUGCCAUUUUAGUUCUCUUGAAGGCCGCCUCUGCCGGCUGGCACUUAGUAUAUCGCUGAAUAGUAAAACUAAAAGUAAAACUUCUCACCCUUUGACGCCGCCUCCGGGAGAGUAAUGGACACUUGGCAAGCUGUCAUUGUCAUGCAAGUCAACCGCCAUUAUGCUUUCACUUCCAUGUUAUUUAUGUUAGCAUUUCCUUUGAGGAAUGUAUUUACAUGUGUAAUUGAUAUUUAAUUGCCAUUGUUCUAACCAUUUCCCAUUUACUCUUCUGUGGUUAUUAUCACACAUUUCCCUCCGUCUUAACGCCCACACAAAAUAAACAGUGGUGGAGUUCUUCUUUUAAAUGCAAAUGCUCAACUAUAAAAUGGUUAUGAACCACUGUUAUGGUUCAUAAGAUGUUGAUCUGUGUUUUCCAAAGUAAGAACAGAUGUUUGCAAAUCAGCCCGCUUCCAUGGAGGACAACAGGAACUGGAGUAUGAGCUGAAUCUGAAGAUUUGAACAACUUAGCACGGUCUCGAAACGAUGACUUGAUGAUCAAAACCAGGAUGCUGACGGGUCUCACCGGACUUGGUGGACUACAGCCAGGCGACGUGGGCGACCCGGACUCGGUUCGGAAACAGCAGUCCCUCGGCCAGCCCCAACAAGACAUCGGGGAUAUCCUACAGCAAAUAAUGGCCAUCACCGACGAGAGCCUGGACGAAGCACAGGCCAGAUGCUGGCCAGAAGAUUCGCCGGCGCAUUGGGGUGGAUCAGACGACCCCACAGAGGGAGGGAGAGCAGGGGGGGGCACGGCAGGGGGUGGCCUGCCAGUCAACUUCCAGUACAGGAAGCAUGCCCUUAACUGUCACAGAAUGAAGCCAGCCCUGUUCAGUGUUCUCUGCGAGAUCAAAGAGAAGACAGUUCUGAGUAUACGAGGCGUGCAGGAGGAAGACCCCCCAGACCCGCAGAUCAUGCGUCUGGAUAACAUGCUACUGGCGGAGGGCGUGUCCGGGCCGGAGAAAGGAGGCGGGUCGGCGGCGGCGGCCGCUGCGGCGGCAGCAGCGGGAGGCUCGCCUACCGACAGCAGCAUCGAACACUCCGACUACAGAGCCAAACUGGCCCAGAUUCGUCAGAUAUAUCACUCGGAGCUGGAGAAAUAUGAGCAGGCGUGCAGCGAGUUCACCAACCAUGUAAUGAACCUGCUGAGAGAGCAGUCUCGAACACGGCCCAUCUCGCCCAAGGAGAUCGAGCGCAUGGUGGCCAUCAUCCACCGCAAGUUCAGCUCCAUCCAAAUGCAGCUCAAGCAGAGCACCUGCGAGGCCGUGAUGAUUCUGCGCUCGCGCUUCCUCGACGCCAGACGCAAGAGGCGCAACUUCAACAAGCAAGCGACAGAGGUGCUCAACGAGUAUUUCUACUCCCACUUGUCGAACCCUUACCCUAGUGAGGAGGCAAAGGAGGAGUUGGCCAAAAAGUGUGGGAUCACCGUGUCUCAGGUCUCUAAUUGGUUCGGCAACAAGAGAAUACGUUACAAGAAGAACAUCGGCAAGUUCCAGGAGGAAGCCAACCUCUACGCAGUCAAGACAGCAGUGGACGCCGCCAACGUGUCGGCGCAAGCCAGCCAGGCCAACUCGCCGGCAACGCCCAACUCAGGUGGAUACCCUGCACCGUGCUACACACCUGACGGGCGGCUAUGAGGAGCUGUCAGGUAGCGGCCUCUACACCCCUCAUCGCCUGGAUGCUAACAGCUGGCAGGACUCAACCGACCCCCCCUCCGUCACCUCCCCUCCCGGCGCUCCCGGCAGCGUCCACUCCGACACCUCCAAUUGAUCCGAGUAGCAUCCGCCUUCCGUCGUUAACGCCGUUUCCACUCGAAGGGGGUGGCGUUGGGACCCCCACCCGACCCACCCACCCACUGCCAUCUUGGAUUCAACGGGGUCAUGUCAUGAACACAACACCACUGUGCUGGAACGCAGGACAGCAACGCAACUAUGGACUCCUCUCCCUUCCCCCCCUGCCCACACUUGAUGUCCACACGUACACGUGUAUCUGCUCGUUCUCGUAACACACGCUCACAUUUCACCCGUGGCUUCGUUCGAUUGGUCGCCCCAGCAGGGUCUUACCAAAGCGCCACCGCCCGGCUCGUCAUCAGCAUCACCGUGUCACACUGUUAGCAUCCUUGUUAUGAGCGUGGCUAACUGUGGCUAACCGGUUAGCAGACCAAGAAGAGUGGACGGAACUAAUCCCACUUUUUUUUGGGUCACUAAAUUCGACACAUUUUUUUUCUGUCCGCUAGUUUCUCUGAUUGUAGGCCAUUUUCUGUGCGUGUUUUUCUUUUUUUUUUUUAUGAACGCACCAGCCGCCACCAAAAAUAAAACGCGCUGCCAAUAGCGCAUCAGAGAAGGCAAGGGAGGAGGGGGCUCGUGACAGCGAGGGCGACCAUCCGGAUUCUAGUAAAACUCGUCUUCCAUGCAUGUUAGGACUCGUUCAGCCCCGCCCUCACUUUUUACCUUGGUUUUCUAUUACGAUAAAUGGAGGGGAAAAGAAUGAAUUAAAAGGGUAUAAAUAUUAUAGUCUGACCAAAAAAUACAAACAAAAAAGAAACGAGCGUCGCGUGCUGUUUGGAUAGUUGUGUGUCGUCAUGGCGACGCGCACGACGACAACCUGUUGUACCAAAACCAAAAAUACCACAGUCAGUAAUCAUGAUAAUGGUGAUGAUGCCACCUACUAUUUUUGUGUGUCUUGUUGUAUUUUAUUUUUUGGGGGUGUGGGGGGCUGGAAACAUUUCUAUUUUCACUGUUUACAAAUAUGGACUUCCCUGUGUUGCCAUUUUUUUUUCUUGGCUAAUCAGAUGAGGGCUCCACUAGCUCUCUCGCCCUUCUUACCAAAAAAAAAAGGAAACCACUUUUUGCCAUUUUUUAAACACAAGUUUUAAUCGUCAAGUUAAGUCGUCUUGUUAUGAAGACAGGAAUGUCCUUAACUCAUUCACUGCCAGCCGCUAAAAAAAAACAAAAAAACUAUACAACAGUGAUCUUUUCCAGUUGACCAAUAUAGACGUGAAUGGGUUAAAGAAAAAGAAAGACUUGGCCUAAUUGUCCGAUGUAAUAUCCCAACAUGUAAUUACUUUUGUUAGUUCUAAUACACCAAAAUGUGAUCAAGCCCCUCCCUCCAUCCUGCCUGAACCCCCCCCCCCCCCUCUCUUUUUCUACCUGUGUAAUGGAUGUCACUGUACAGUUUGUGUAACGUUUCACUCUUUCUUUUAUAUACUCGACCUUGGUUCAGAUGCUAAUUAUUAUUUGGCAUUUUGUCUCCACACCCCACGAUACCCCUCCCCCGGCUGAUUCCCGACACACACGACUUGCUAUAUAACUCUGUAUCAACAUUAUUUUUUAUUAUUGUUAUUAUUUAGGCUUUUUGUUACAUAACCGGGUGGAAAUGUGGGGUUUACUGCUCGGGACAUUUGAUACCGUGGAAAUUGAUGGCUCCCAUGAAUCUUUCAUGAAAGUGAUGAGAGAAAGAAAAAAAUCCUCCACAGUAUCAAAUGUCUCCCCCAAAAAGCCCUUUUGAUUAUUAUUCUUUUUUUUUUUCCUCUUAGUAUAUUUGUAUCGCCUCUCUUUCCCUUGUAUUUAGCCCUCUCUCUACCUCUGUCUUUCCAUCUCUGUUGUAUAUAUAACCCCCCCAAAUGCCCCCAACCCCACCGCUGUUUUCAGACCCACGCGUCUGUCUGAACUCCUUUUAUACCUCAACUUUAGAAUUGUUCUAGAAAGAAAGAGUUAAAGGAAGAAUGACAAAUUGUAGUGUUCUUAUUAGAAACUUAAUAAAAAAAAAACAAUUUAGUGUGAUUUUUUUUUUUGCUUUUCCUUUCUUCUUCCAGUAUUUUAUUUCAAAUUUUAGGAGUGCUUCAUUUUAUAAGUUGUCACAAAAUGCUCUUGUGAUAGUCAAAUGUAAUAAAAAAGAGAGAUUGCACCAUC